UAAAUAAAAUUGCGAUGGCCAUGGCUUGGCCAUCCCAAUUUUAACUUACUUUUGAGACAGGAAAUAAACAGGAAAGUGAUGGUUUUCAGGAUGAAGUUACUAAUUAUGACUGUGCUAUUUUACUAUGGGUGCUGUGAGGACACGGUGACUGUGAGGGAGCCCCCCGCGCGCCCCGCGCCCCCCGCCAACAGGAUCGUCAGGGGACACCCCACCACCGUCAAGACAUACCCUUACAUGGCGUAUUUAACUUUAUUUUUUACGAUGCGUGGUCAGAAACUGCUGCCAGAGGCCUGCGGGGGCGUGAUACUCACACAGCACCACGUGCUCACCGCUGCGCACUGCUUACAUCGAAAAAUCAAUGACACUACAGCUGUUACUGGCAAUACCAUCUUGAGGGCAUCUGAAGUUGUCAUUCGCGUCGGAUCCUCCUACAAUGACCGUGGAGGCUCAGAGCAUGUGACGUCCAAGACCGUGGUCCACGAGGACUACAAAUUUUUGAUCAGUUACGACAACGACGUGGCAGUGUUGGUGCUGCCGACCAGUAUGAGCAACUACCGGAGCAGCUCGGUGCAGCCAGCCGCCAUCCCCCCGGGGGGGUAUGUGGUCCCGGACAACGCGUCUGUGGUAGCUGUCGGGUGGGGACUGACUGAUGAGAACUGCAACAACUCAAGCCCCCUCGGCCUGCGGCACGUGGGGCUGCGCACGGUGGACCGAGACACCUGCGCCGCGCGUUAUUCGAUCUUCUCAUACAACAACAUGCUCUGCGCGGGGCUGCUUGGUGUUGGAGGAGCCGGUAUUUGUUCGGGUGACUCCGGUGGUCCCCUGGUGUACAACGGGGUGGUGGUGGGGGUGACCUCAUUUUCGGUGACAUGCGACGAUUCCUUCUACCCUCAAGUGUUCAUGCGCGUUUCUAGCUACACCAACUGGAUCAACAACACUGGAGCUGUGAGGACAUGGUGACUGUGAGGGAGCCCCCCGCGCCCCCCGCCAACAGGAUCGUCGGGGGACGACCCACCACCGUCGAGGCAUACCCAUACAUGGCGUAUUUAAGAUCAUUAUGUACGGUAGGUACUGCUGCUUUACCAGACCCACCGACAUAAUUAUGGAAGCUUCGUUUGGGGCUGUCAACGCGAGCAAUGAAAAAGUUAAAUUUUCAUAAUACCGAUACCAAACAGGGAAGUAAUGUUGAUGUGACUGUGACCGUAGGUACACAGUUGUACGGGUAGGGUCAGUGCGUCUCAGUAUGUCCGAGAAAUACUUCUCAAAUGUUCUAAAAAUUAAAAUAAUGAAGGUAUUCAAUAUCCAUAAUGAUAGUUAUUUGUUGGGAGUUCUGAUGUAAGUUAUCAGAUCAUAUCAAAAUUAUGUGACAUUACUCAAUAAUGAUUUGAUUUAGUAUAACUAAUUAAGUAGAUACGUCAGUUUUCAGGGUUUUUAAACUUCCACGGUAUAAUAUUAAAAAAA